GAAAUAAUGAAAUGAAAUUGCAAAAAUGUUUAAAAAAAUGUGUGGAUGAAAGCAGUAAAUAAGAACUUUUAAUGCAACUGAAGGGUGAACAUACGAGUAACGUUUCAUUUUAUAUAUUAAUAUACAAAAGAUGUCUGUGCUGACUUUUCUUUCAAUAUAAACUUAUCUGAGCAUUGAAUUAGUUUUUGUAAGGACCUGGAUUACCUUGCAGAAUAAUAGCGUACAUAUGUAAUUUAAAAUAAUAACGCAUUUAAUAUCCUUCAUAGUCCUUGAGAAAGUGGUUCAAAGAAUUGUGCAUAGCACAUUUCGAAAUCGAAUAAAAAUUGCUUAUGUGUUAAACAAUUAUUGUCAAUUUUCUUAAAACUUAAGAAGCCGGCAGGAUAAAAUAUUUCGUUUGUGUACACAUAGUCAUUAGUGCAGUGAAGGUGCAGUAUAAGUGUAGCAGAAAACUAGUAAAUAUAUGAAAAACAAUAAAGUGCAGCAAGCUCGGGUAAACACCCGUGAAAUGUCUGACAGUAAUUAAUUUACUUUUUGAGAAUCUCUUCAGACCAAUAAAAUCCAAAAACUUAAAAUAAAAUGUUAAGCUUUUUAUUUAUACGUUGGUGUGUAUUAAUUGCCAUCAUUUUGGAAUAUUAUGCUGCAAUCCAGGGAGCGCCCACUACCACCCAUCAUCUAACCAUAGGAGUUCAAGGUAAUACUCCGACGCUAAUGGUAACCUCCUCUGAAAUUGGUAUAAAACAGAAUACGAAGAGAGAUUAUGAGCUCAAAUCGACAAAGGCUAUCAAAGAGGAGACAACGAAAUUCGCUGAAAUCCUCACAGACAAAACAAAAUUAAAUAAAACAAAAGAAAAUAAAAAAAUUCUAAAAUUUAACAAGGAACCGGGAAUUACGAAUGGAACAAUUGCAAGAGAUAUGCAUUUAUAUAAAGCGGGGAAGAAAACUGCAUUUAUUAGUAUAACGAAAUCGGCUCGCGGUGCAACACCAUCCCAAAUAAAAGAAUUCAAAAUUUCUGGUAGUAUCGAUAUUAGCACAAGUACUGAGGAUACUACAAUGACGCCACUUUUUGCGCCUAAGCCAUUUCCACGCAAUAGUACAGCAAUGCUUGCAACUUUUGCCAAUGCACAUCAAUUACAACAUUUGGCAUCAGGAAAACAAUUAAUGGAUAAAUCCAUUAUGAAUAACAAGGCCAACAACAGAAAAUAUGCACCACAGUCGAAAGCUAUAUCGCUCAGAUCAUUAGCGACAGCUUCAACAUCAAUUUCUUUAACGGAAGCCACGUCGAAUUUACCAAAAGAACGUGAACAUAUAGAAUUUGAUGGAGAAAGUGAACCAACAAUGAAAACGUCACCAACAAAUGCUAGGAAUUCGGAGGUAAGCGCACCCAAUGAAGAUCAAAUUGAUGAGAAGCUAAAUGAAAAUAAAACAACCACAAUGCAGACGUCGCUUGGUACUCAAAAUCACGCGUACAAUAUAAGCAUUACAAAAAUUCCACCCGCAUUAGUAUUAAACAAAAACGUUACGCUUACGGCAUCUCAUAAAAAAAAACAAUCUAAUAACAUAGAAAUUCAACAAGAAUCUAUUUUAUUUAAAACGAAUGAUGAGUCAAAUACCACAAAAAAACAUGAGCGUAGGGCAAAUAGUAUUAUCGGGUUUCAAUGUACUACAACACCUAAAUUACCGCUUACACCAUUCGCAACGAUCAAAACAGAAGAAGAUAAGCAGAUGAAGUUGAAUGCCACUGACCUGAAUACCACAUUACGCGGAGGGCUUUCUGCCGCAACUACACCCGAAACCAUCAUAAAGCUUAUCGAUCUAGAGAAACAUGACUUUAGAGCAAUUCAAAAUUUAAAUCAUUCCGCGCAUGAGUAUCAUUAUAGUGACGGACAUGAUGGCGUAAAGGUAACUAAGAAGAAACAAUUGAUUGAUAAGCAUUUUCUCGAAACAAUUGACAUUGACGACGCCCUUGAAAAGCCAAACACUAAUUCAACGUCAGAAAAUAUAACAAAAUUAGUUCGGAAUGACAAUGAAACUAUAAGCAUUGAUGUAACCACCACUACCGGUAGCCCAGAUAACUUAGUAAAAAUAUAUAACUAUUUGAGACCAAUAAUCACGGCUGAAAGAACAUUUCACCGUCCUCAUAAGAAUGACACAAAUGAAAAAACACUUUACAAGGCAGCUAUUGAAAAUCGACGACACAAGGGACAUAUUGCAGGAAUUAAACCUACAAUAAAAUUCUUACCGACUUCCGCAGGGCUACCAUUAACCACUAAUUUCGCUAACACAACUUCUAUAAAACACGAAACUUUAUUUUCAACUGUUCUCUCUACCACAGUAUUUCAAGUUCCAGAAAUGAUUGUGGUUACUAGAACUCCAGUGGAGCCCGGCAACGUAGUAUUUACUUCCAAAAGAACACCUGCUGAACUGGAAAAGAAGACAGAAUCAAAAAUUUCUGACAUACAAAUUGAAGUGUACGAUUCUACAGUAGAUUCUAUUGUAGCUUCUACUAACUUUAAAGACUUCGAGGCAUCUCCUUUUUCGAAUAGUACUUCAGUUCGAGGAACUACUAAACUACCUUCAUCUUCCAUACAGCAAGAACGUUUCACUCAAUAUGUAAUAGAUCGCAGUGAGACCUCUACACCGCAGUCAAUUAAUUUGACGGCUGUGCGUGUGGUCUCCGGCAGACCAGAGCCUGCGGUCAUAGAAAUUCAUAUUAACGUUUCGGAAUCAUUCGGAGGCAAUGAUAGCGAAGAUUUGGAUUUUUCUUUCACCCAUAACGAUUACGUAGUCAAUGAAAAUGAUAAACCAGAAAAUUAUUACGAAGGUAAAGGCGGUAACGAUAUUAAUGUUAGACUACCUAUCAAUUUAGCAACGGGACAAACAGAGUCUCCGGAUGGCUUUCGCAAUAAAGGGGGUAGUGACGAAAUUCUGGUAGUGGAAAUAGUCGAUACGGAUAAUGAUACACAUUCAAAACCAAAACUAAAAUCCAUUGGAAGCAAUGAUGAAUUAUUCACGCCUAACAUGGGCGAUAACUUUGCAACACCUCCUCCACCUCCUCCGCCACCUCCUUAUCAACCCAGCUUUGACAGAGAUUCUGACACAAUCUUUUAUAUUUCCAAUACAGAAGUUAAGGUCGGAGAAUCUUUACCGACUGGAAAAACUCCAUAUGAACAACAACAAGAACGUAAAACGAAAUUGGAAAAUCAAUUUUUCCCAGUUAACUAUAUGGCGAGCACGAAUCCGAAUAUACAUAAUGGCGAGGAAGAAACUUUUCAACCUCAUCACCUAUUCGAGGAGGAUAUUAUAUUGUCUCCGCGACAUAACCAAGCAGAUUCCCUAAAAAUAUAUCGUAAUCAAAACGAGGCCGCUCCACCUCUUGACGUUACUUACGUAGGAGAGUCCAUAAUUGAAGUCGAACAAAGUCCAGACAUUACGGCGACUACCAAUCUGGCACCAGAACACAUUCAUACACAUCGGCCUGAUAUUAUUAUACAACCAGCGAUAUUGCCCGAAAUUUCUAUAGGGGUACCCGUCAUAGGUGAACUGCCACCUCAAAUUGAACUGAAAGAAAUUGAUUUCAUGCCCAACGAAGCGCAAGAGCAUCGCUCAGGCGUAUAUGAAAACGAAAACAGCAACAACAUCAACUAUGUUGACGAGAAUGCCAUGAAUACUAAUGGCAACGACGAAGCAAGACUUGUCGAGUCGUCAAUACAGUACGGCGGCGACCUUAUAGAUGAGAGUGCUGAUGGCGGUUUUGAUGGUGUUGAGGGAUCAUACCCCUUUGGCAAUCCAUCUGCCAUAAAGAACAAUAAACCAAAUCAUGCAGCCGACUAUGUUCACUUUUCAGUGAACUAUGGCGUUAAUAAUAUGCGUAAAGACGAAUUGAUGGCAGAUGUUGGAGGCUAUGAACAAAAUGAAACACUGAAAGAGUUGCUUAGCAAAACAGGCGUUAAUAAUACUUCUUUCAACGUAACUUUUUCGGUAGCGGCAGAGCGCUUAAGUAAUGCCACAGCAUUUUCUUCUCUGAAUAUAGAUUCUAAUGAUUUACUUGACGAAGAUGCUGAGAUGGUAAACUUUGUUUCUCUAGUAAUUGGAUUUUUUAUUAUUAUACUACCGCUGGUUGUUAGUGUUUCGAUGUUUUGUGCUUUAAGAUAUCUUUACAAUAAAUAUCAAUCAAAUUCAGCGGACAACGCUGUAAAUCCGGAGGCUAAGAAUUUGACCGGAAAGCGUUCAUACGAUGACAGUGUUGAAAGAGAUGAGUCGCCUACUGUUCCAUCCCAUACAUCCCAAGAAAGUGAACGACAGUAUACUUUAACAAAAAGUCAACCACUGUCCAACGAUAACCUUCAAAAUAUAAACCAAGUGAAUGCGUCUACUCACUUAGAGAGUUCAAAUCGCGCUUUAAGUAUAAAUUCUUGCAAAAUUAAUGAUGGGCUGUUAUCCUUAUCUGUGGCGUCUUUGAUAAAGUCCACCCAAGGAGAUAAGUGUGGUCCAAAUGGUUCAAUUACCAAGAUGACCUUGGAAAAUAAUUUACUAAUUGUAGAGACCGAAGAGCGCAAUGAUAUAUCACGUGUGGCUCGAGAAACUAAAAUGGAUUAUAACAAACAUGGGGUUUUUGUGGUUGAGGUAGCUCGUGGUAUCGAUUCAAAGUGCAUACCCGAGAGUCCAAUUGCUGAAAGUUCAGAGCGAAUGCUAGCCGCCUUUGAUAAUAAGCAAAACGGUGAUAUAGGCUACAAAGUGAUGAAAGACAAAACCACUCACAAUAAUGAAAGGGUUCAAAUUCAUUCCCCCCCACCUGACAAUGAAGAGCUGUCUAGGAAUCUUCAUCAAAUCGAAGAAGUCGACGAGCCAGUACAUUCACCUCAACAAGAAAGUAUUGAGAACGACUUAACGCAAGCAAACACGGGCUUGUCGCAAUCCGAUUUGAGUAGCACGUCGUCCAAUGAUUCCAAUAAGGCUUAUAAUUACGGAAAUCAAGCAUUAUAUGUUAUUGAAAAUGAUGAUUAUGCGUUAGUGUCGCCAGUUAAAAAUGUGAUCAACACAGAAAACACAAAACACAACUUAAAAGACGAUGAUCACAAUUCGGAGAAUGGACAUAAUCAAGAGAAAAAUUUGGGUCAAAAUAAGGAACUGAAGAUCGAAGCGGUUAAAAAGAACAUUAUAAAAUGCCAUCUGGUACAUAGUUCAGAAGUAACUGAGAGGCAAGCAAAAGAAAAAGACAUAACUAAGCAGACCAUCAGUGAAAGCACAAAGCCAAUCGAGAAUUUGCAUCAUAAACAAAUGAUUGAACGAAAAACUGUUUCUAUAAAUUCAGAUGACAUAUGUGAGAAAUGUGAUGAGAGCGAUGAAGUAAAAUAUAAUCACUUAAAAAUAAAAGAAAAAGAAACCAAUGGCAUUGUCCUGAAGAAAGAAUAUGUUCAGGAACUAUCUCAUCCAACAGAUGAGGAAAUAAAUUUAGUAAAUAAUGAUGAGACUCAAAUAAAAAAAGAAGCUUCUGAAAUUAGGUCUAAUAGUUUGGGACACCCAUCUCUCCUAAAUAAUUCCAUUGGAGAAUAUAAUAUUCCACUGACCGCGAACGAGUUACUCCCCGAUUUGAUACCCGAUAAUUCGUUGAUCGAAACGAUUGGAUUAGAGGAGGAAACCGAGAUUGUUAGCGAAAAUGGUUAUGAUAGUAUAAUAACUUUACCAGCCCCGCCUAAUAAUGAUGGCGCUUUAAGUAAUGAUGCGAAUUUACCGGAUACAAUUCAAUUGGACUCUUUGCCCCCACCACCGUCUCCUUUACCACUAACGAAUGAGAGUGAAAUAGAGACGGAAACCGAUAAUAUAGAUGAAUUAGCGCCAGCAGUGGAUAUGCAUACAAAUGAAUUAAAAGAGUUGCAUAAGCCAGGCGAGGAAAAAUCAAUGAAUAGUGUUUACUCAGUAAUUCCACCACCGCAACCACCUGCAUCUGUUACUCUGAACUUACCUAGCAAUGGUAAGUUGGUAAAUUCACCUCUUACGCCUCCAGCCUCGCCACCAUUGCAUUAUUCAAGUGGUCUGGCGCAUGGUGGCCUAUGUGCUCAUAUUCCGAUAACUGUAGAUGUGAAUGGCAGUUAAUAUCAAGGCUUAUAUCGGAUUUAAAGUGAAUUACCUACACAUGUCGACUGAAAAGCUAAAUCAUUUUGUUAACUUAAAUCAAAACACAUUAGAUACUAAAAAUAUUUAAGCAUGUAUGUGGACAAAGCAACGAAAAUCUUAAGUAUGCGUUUGGGGAGACCAACACAUACAUAUAGAUAUAAUUUAAAUCGCGUCUGUGUUGAGAGUAAAAAGCGAUGCCUAAACUGCUAUAGUAAGGGGCAACCAGGUGAAAAACUUGCUAGAAUAAAUAAAAUAAAUAAAAAAAUAAUAAUAAUAAUAUAAUAUAGAGAAUAAGUUUUUACCGCUCGUUUCGUGGAUAACAUAGGAUCUGCUACAAGCAGAGUGCCAAUUAGAGUUGAAUUUAGAACACUUAAGUCGCCACCCGGAAAGUUUUAGCAGUCCAGUGAGCAUGCUAUAUGGUAUAAUAUAAAGAAGAAAGAGAGAAAAUACGAUAAUAAUAUAUUAAUCAAUUCUCUCCCAUUCUUUCUUUCUUU